AUGACUUCUACACUGGCUCCCGUGUCUCAGAACUGGCCGCAUAACACUCUAAUGCAUGAAAUUCUAUCAGACGCUCUUGAGCGUUGGAACCAGGCAAAAUGGGCCAACACUGCCUCCCAUAGACUUGCGACUCAAGACGCGUCCAUACGCUUUCCCCAUAAUCGUAACCCGCUGACCAGGGCUACAGAGGCGAUUUCAGUUGGAGAGUUCUUCGACGCUCAUUUCAUCUCCCCUCACCGCGAGCUCUUUUUCCCAAGUGGCUCGUCGUCACGCAAGAGUGGUAGAGGCAACACACUCGAUCUUGAGGCUUACAUUGACAUUGCAGCGUUCGAAAAGCGCACAGGGUCCACCGCACCAGAUGGGCUCAGUACGAAGAAGGGUGGUCGCAAACGCGCUCAUGAGUCUACUGAAGGCGUCUCUGAGUUUUCAGGUACCCAUACCUCUAGUAAGCGCUCUAAAGGUCCCAGGAUGCAAUCAGAGUUCUCCUCCAGCCUCGCAUUUGGCCGGACUAUGCCGCAAUCCACAACCUCUAGUCUAUCUGCUCUACAAACCACAUCUGCGACUCGAUCCGAAGAUGUUCUAUUCUACUUGGGUAGACUGCGAUCCGAGACCGGCACUGGUGGCAUCGCUAUCACGUGGGAUGACAUCCCUACAACUGGGAGCAUUGCUACCCAGUACUCUGCGUCCGGAAAGACCAAGAGGGUGUAUACACUUUCCCUCUCCGAGGCUCACACCACCGUCCGAUACGUUGCCAAGCGCUUUUUCAACUUUGGCCCAGGUCAGAAAACGGUGUCACUUGAAGAGCACAGCAGCUACCUUGAGUUGGAAGCUCGCCGAUUGGUGCUCGGGCAGUUCUUCUUGAAGAACUUCUAUGAGACCGCGGAGUCAAAUGGAUUCGCGUUUUCUGGUUGCCUGCUUGCUGAAGAGAUCAUCGUGGAUGGCAGCCCCUCUGUCGCGUCGGGUGUCACUUCGGAGCAAUGGGCUGAUGAACCCAAGCCGCGUCUUCUGUGGCUUCUUGAGCCAAUCAGGCCCGGAGGGGAACCGAAGCGUUGGAGCGGAACCCUUGUGCACCGCAAUAACGAGAGCCUAUCCUCAAUGACCAUGGGAGCGUUUACUCACUUCACGUAUGAGUAUAGCAAUAGUAAUAUUGUCAUUGCCGACCUGCAGUCGGUUCACGGACUUUUCAAUGAGCAGUCCCUAACUCUGAAAGCCACCUCCGGUCAGAUCUUAUUCGAUCCCAUGACACAUACUCCGGAACGCGAUACCGGCAUCGGUGACUGCGGCGUUGACGGUAUGGACGCGUUUCUCGAGCAGCAUGAGUGCAACAGGCUCUGUGAUGCUCUGGGUCUCAACCUUCUACCAUCCUCGCAUUCGUUGUCCCCGAAUAUCCCUGCUCCUCGUGCUCGCAAGGGUAAGGGUAAGCAGGUGGAUCGAUUUGCUGACGAGUAUUGGGUGGAGCCUGUCGACAAUGACAAUAUCGCAGAAGGGGGUGGUGACAAGGAGCCGGAGGUGCAGGAGAAGAUAACACUGGACGAGACCGAGACCGAGGAGUCCGGCGGGAAUGCGGGGAUCGGGUACGAGACGUGCAAGUGUCUGCUCGCUCACAACGUGUGUGUGUACCUCGUGAAGCGCAGCCACUUCAAGGCCGAGGGUGUUAUCGCGUUGCUCAAGGUCGCGACGGGGCGCGAGGCCGUCUUCUUCGAGCUCGACCUCGUGAGCCUCGUCUUCGUCCAUAACACGGCGGAUGAGUUCAUGUGGAAGGAGCGCGAGCUGCACAUCCUCUUCAACAACGCCAUCAGGAUCCCGGCUAUGACGCACUAUAUAUGA